AUGGCAAGUAUCAAGGCCUCGCUGAAGACCAUCAACGAUGCUAUUCGCCAGCAGAAGUGGGAUGAGGCCCUGGCCCAGGCUGAGAAUGUCAUCAACAAAGACCCCAAGAACUACCAGGCGUACGUCUUCAAAGCUUUUGCUCUGGACAAGCAGAACAAGCUAGACCUUGCCGAGGAUGCAUACAAGACGGCAACCGACAUUCGCCCGGAUGCCCAGGCAUGGCAAGGCUUGGUCAAGCUCUACGAGAAGCAAGGUGCCAAGACCUUGCGCCAGUAUCAGCAUGCAGCUCUCAAACUCGCUGAGAUAUUCCGAGAUGCCAAUGAGAUGCACAAGUGCCAGGACGUCGUUGACAAGUUCAUCGACUACGCCCGUGCCCAGGGUGAUCGGUCCCAGUACACUCAGGCCCUCAACCUCAUACUCCCCGACAGUCCCAUCUACCCAGCACUAGAGGGCCGCGUGCCUCACCCUGCGAAGACUUAUGAGACUAUAGCUCAGAUCCUAGAAAUCGACGAGAAGAAGCGCAUCAACACUCUCAUUGGCGAGAGACGGACGCGGCUGGGUGCCAAAAUAAGCAAGGUCACUCUCGAAGUCAACAGGGAGGUUCUUGGCCACAGCAAGCUUGGUGAAAUAUACGAGCAGCUCACCCUCUGGUCUCAUGAUGACGACGUUAGGCGCCACUACGAGGAGAAGCUACUCCAAUUCCGAUACGAUCGCCUUCUCGUCACACUCCCCGCCGACAAGGCUGCUGAAUUGAAAGUCGUCCAGAAGCUGGCAAACGACAUGGUUAUCAUCAAACACCCUUUCAAGCUCGCUUGGGAUAUCGCUAUCGAAUGGCAGGACCACAAGGAAAUCAAGGACUGGGACGUCAAUGUGCUCAACGAGUACUGUGCUCAUUUCCCGGACAGUGACCUAUACCGUGUCUUGACGGGGUUCAUGACGAGUGACUUUUCCCCGUUUCCCAAAAAGAUAGACGAGGCUGCUGCACCAGCACCUACUGCCGAGGGCGAUGGCGAUGAUGAAAGUGAAGACGACGAGGAAGGCGGAGCUCCGACCUCCGUUAUACCCUACACAGACGAUGACAGGCUUCUAAUGAUGACCGAGGGCAUUUCGACCACCAACUCUGUAUUCGCCCACCGGUUAAUGGGGGAGUACUACCAGCAAUCUGAGGAGCAUGAGAGCAACGUCGAACUCAUGAGAAAGGCUAUGAAGAUCAUGGUGGCGGAGACGGAGAAAACUGGCAAACUGUUUACCAAUGCGAACCAGGCUUUUAUGCUCUACCUGGGUACUGCCUUGGUCUUCUAUCAGUCCCCGAGAAAUCAUGGCGAAGCCAAGUUCUUGUUUGAUAAAGUCCUCGAGGUCGACCCUACCUCCACCUCGGCCAUGAUUGGCGUCGGUCUUAUCUACGAGGAGGAGGAGGAGAUCGACCAAGCGAUUGAGUUCCUCGACCGGGCAUUGCGAGGUGAUAGUGGAAACCUCCGUGUUCGUGCUGAGGUUGGGUGGUUAUAUGCGUUGAAGGGCGACUAUACCCGCGCCAAGGCUGAACUUGAGUCUCUGCUUCCGUCCAUGACCAGCCAGUCCGCAUCAAAGGACCUGAUAGCCCAGACACAACAUCGCCUAGGGUGCUGUAUAUGGAACAUCGACCCCUCCAAGGCGGCCAGGAAGAGUCGUCAUGGAGCAUACGUCUUUUUCUUGGAUGCACUAAAGAGCAAUUUCAGCUACGCACCGGCUUACAGCAGCCUCGGGAUAUACUACGCAGACUACGCAAAGGAUAAAAAGCGAGCGCGCAGGUGCUUCUUGAAAGCUGUCGAGCUCUCCUCCGCCGAAGUCGAGUCUGCUGAGCGACUCGCGCGUUCUUUCGCCGAUGAUGGCGAUUGGGACCGCGUCGAACUAGUGGCGCAGCGAGUGGUGGAUUCUGGUAAAGUGAAGCCACCUCCGGGAUCCAAGAAGAAAGGGAUCAGUUGGCCCUUAUCCGCACUCGGUGUCGCCGAGCUCAAUAAGCAGAACUACGCCAAGGCUAUCGUUUCAUUCCAGCAAGCACUCCGGAUAGCACCAGAAGACUACCAUUCGUGGGUAGGGCUUGGCGAAAGCUAUCACAACUCUGGGCGGUACAUUGCGGCGACAAAGGCAAUACAGCAUGCACAAAAGCUAGAGACAACCACCAACGCCCAAGCCGUGAACGAUACAUGGUUCACCGAGUAUAUGCUUGCUAACGUCAAGCGGGAGCUCGGUGAGUUCGACGAGGCUGUUAGCCUCUAUCGUGAGGUCAUCUCAAGUCGGUCCGAAGAAGAGGGCGUCGCCAUCGCGUUGAUGCAGACCAUGGUUGAGAAUGCACUGGACUGCGUUGAGAAGGGCUUAUUUGGGAAAUCCAUCGAGUUGGCUAGUGAGACCUUGUCGUUCGCGCUCACUGUACCCGAGAGCGUUGCCGACACCUUCAAUUUUUGGAAAGCGGUUGGAGAUUCCUGUUCCGUCUUCUCGUUAGUUCAAAGCCGUGUUCACGAUUUGCCUACCGAAGACAUCGGCAAACUUCUGGAUCUUGGCACUAGUCCCGACUCAGCAUAUGCGUUGCUCAGGGACGUCGAUGAAGUCGGCAAAGAGGUCAUUCUCGCGCAAGGCAUAUUCCCUGAUGAUGAACAGCUUGGCGUGGACCUGACACGAUGUUUGCAUGCAACCAUCCUUGCCCACAAGAGAGCGAUACACCUGUCGGCUCAGGACAUCCACGCUCAAGCCGUCGCCUAUUACAAUCUGGGUUGGGCGGAAAACCGAGCCCAUAUGUGUCUUCCCUCGCAGCUUCGCGUCCAGUCCAGCAGGUAUCAGAAGGCGGCAGUGCGUUGUUUCAAACGUGCGAUCGAGUUGGAAGCUGGCAACCCCGACUUUUGGAACUCAUUGGGUGUAGUGACAAGCGAAAUCAACCCAUCUGUGGCUCAACACGCGUUUGUCCGAAGCCUGUUCUUGAAUGAAAGAAGUCCGCAUGGAUGGACAAACCUCGGUGCUUUGGCACUCCUCCAGAACGAUGUCCAAUUGGCGAAUGAGGCAUUCACCCGAGCGCAAUCCAACGACCCCGACUACGCUCACGCCUGGCUUGGACAAGGCUUUGUUGCUCUCCUUUAUGGCGACUCCAAAGAGGCUCGUGGGCUUCUCACUCAUGCGAUGGACAUCUCAGAAUCAUCAUCACUUCUAACAAGACGCCAAUACCCCACGUCCCUAUUUGAUCACAUUUUGACGUGUUCUGCGAGUUUAGAUGCUAUCUCCUUGAUUCAUCCACUUUUCGCACUUACACAAUUACAACGCCUGAGUCCUCAGGAUAUUGCAUACCAGCAUCUACUCACUCUGUACCAGGAGCGAACGGACGACAAUUCUGCGGCAAUAGCCACUCUUGAGAAAGCCUGCGAGAAACUGGAAGCGAACUACGAAGCCACCGAAUCAGCUGAAUCACUCGGACGGUUCGCCCUGGCUAAGACCGAUCUCGCUCGCUCCUACCUGGCUGCCGCCGAGUACGCCAAGGCAACUGAAUGUGGCGAGUUGGCGCUACAGUUGAGCAGCGACGAGUCUGCGAACGAGCUUCCGGCCGAGCAACGCACCGAAGCUCGGCUUUCAGCUCACCUGACCAUGGGCUUGGCGGAGUACUUCGCCAACAGGGCUGACGCAGCAGUGAAGUACUUCGAAACGGCGCUUGAGGAGUCUAGCGGUAACCCCGAUGCUGCCUGCCUCUUGGCCCAGGUGUUGUGGGCAACGGGUACUGAUAAAGCUCGCGAAAGAGCACGCACUAUCCUAUUCGAAGUCAUCGACAAAGAUGCCAGUCACGUCCAGUCUGUCCUGUUACUGGGCGUUGUCGCCUUGUUGGAUGACGAUGAGGAAUCUCUGGAGGCAGUCGUAUCCGAAUUGCAUACGCUGCGCACAAGCGAGAAGGUCACAGAUACGGAGCAUUCUCACAUCGGCGAGAUUUUCCGGGCUGUCGCUGCUUUAUCUGAGAAUAGCACAGAAGCAGAUGUCAUCGCCCAGGUCCAGAACGACGUCAUGCUGUAUCCCCACCUGCCCCACGGGUGGUCCCACCUUGCUCAGCUCAGUGGUGAGGAAUACCCGGCUGAUAUGGCGCUCAACGUUGCCAUGAAGGCCAUCCCGCCUCGAGGUGAGCUUGGUGCCAUCGACUUAGCGGAUGCAUAUGCCGGAACGGGCAAGGUAGCCGAUGCCCAGACAGCGAUCUUCAUUGCACCUUGGACAGGCAAUCAAACAUCCAAGCGCGAGAGUCAAUUACCAGCAGUCUUCGACUUCUUCAGCUACUGCAAAGGCAUGUCCCCGAUUACUGAAGUCUGGUGGGAACGUAUCGGGCCCGAGGGCCGCGAAAACGAUGCUCAUAAGCAUGUCCCAAAUAUCGUUCAUUUCUACGCAAUGUCCCGAAAACGGUACCUCGAGUCCAAUCCCGGCGGGCAAACCUACUCGUCGGUCAUAACUAGGAAGGGCAACUUCAUGAUACAAGAGUUGAUCGAUACAUGGAACCGAAUGACGGACGGCCAAACAUAUUGGGAUCCGAUCGAAGAGAGACGAAAGGUGUGGUUAGGAAAGCGCGGAAGAGACUCGGAGGAUGGGCACUACGACCAGGAGGACACUACGAGCGGAUCGGUCAGCCCACCCAAGAGGCAAAGACUAACACUAGGAGGGCUCGCCACCACCGUGUACAUGGACACCAGCGACUCCGAACCGCGGAUCCCGACCAUCGACAAGGGAAAACAGCGAGAGGUGGCAUCCCCACCACCAUCAGACGAUGAUUCGGAAGAAUCUUCCCUGAGUCCACCACCAGAUUCAUCAGACGAUGCUCCGGGAGAUUCAGACGAUGAUGCUCCGGGAGAACCAGACGAUGCUCCGGGAGAAUCUCACCCCAUUCCACUGCAUUCGAAGUUGUCGGCUGUACAACUCGGUGAUCCUUUACCCGUCCAACCAGACCCAGAACCUUCAGACCCUUUUUGGGCACCCGUCCGACAAGACCCGCAGUCAAGCCGAGGCGGACUACGACGAUGA